AUGGGAAGCGCACUCUCGAGCAACAAGUCGAAGAACGGCGGCGACGCCUCCCAGGAGUCUUCGCAGAAAAAGCAGGCGAAGUCGCUGAGUAAGGCGAAGAAGGGCGCCAAGGACGCCGGGCACGCAACUGAGAAUGCAGCCGCAGCGGUCUCCGCCGAGGUUGUCAGCCAACUUGAGGCGGCCUUCGCCACACUGCAAAACGCCGGCGACUGCCACUCGCUCCUCAAGAAGUACCUCACGAAGGAAGUCUUUGACCAGCUGAAGGGGAGGCAGACAAAGAUGGGCGCAACGCUCAUGGACGUCAUCCAGUCGGGCGUGGCAAACCUGGACUCCGGUGUCGGCGUGUACGCGCCCGAUGCCGAGUCCUACACUGUCUUUGCCCCCCUCUUUGACCCGAUCAUCGAGGACUACCACAAGGGCUUCAAGCCAACCGACAAGCAGCCCCCGAAGGACUUUGGUGACCUCAGCACCUUCGUCGACGUGGAUCCCGACCAAAAGUACGUCAUCUCCACGCGCGUGCGCUGCGGGCGAAGCCUUGAGGGCUACCCGUUCAACCCGUGCCUCAAGCGGGAGCAGUACGAGGAGAUGGAGUCGCGCGUGAAGGGGCAGCUGGAGACGAUGACGGACGAGCUGAAGGGGACGUACUACCCGCUGACUGGCAUGACGAAGGAGACGCAGCAGCAGCUGAUUGACGACCACUUUCUGUUCAAGGAGGGCGACCGCUUCCUGCAGGCGGCGCACGCCUGUGAGUUCUGGCCCACGGGACGCGGCAUCUACCACAACGACGCCAAGACCUUCCUCGUGUGGGUAAACGAGGAGGACCACCUGCGCAUCAUUUCCAUGCAGAAGGGCGGCAACCUGAAGGAGGUCUUCGGCCGCCUCGUCAACGCCGUUAACAUCAUUGAGGAAAAGGUGAAGUUCUCGCGCGACGACCGCCUUGGUUUCCUGACGUUCUGCCCAACGAACCUCGGCACGACCAUCCGUGCCAGCGUGCACAUCAAGCUCCCGAAGCUCGGCGCAGACCUCAAGAAGUUGGAGGAGGUGGCGGCAAAAUACAACCUGCAGGUGCGCGGAACGGCCGGCGAGCACUCGGACAGUCCCGACGGUGUCUACGACAUCAGCAACAAGCGCCGCCUCGGCCUCUCCGAGUAUGAGGCAGUGAAGGAGAUGCAAGACGGCAUCCUGGAGCUCAUCAAGGAGGAACAGUCGGCCAACUGA